UGUCCUGCUGAUUUUAAUCCUAACUCAUUAAGGAACAGAGAGCAAGUGCCUGUGCAAGCCCUCUGGGGAGAGAGAAAGUGACAAGGGAAGGAAGGAACACUACACAAUCCAUCAAGAGAGAUAAGUGGAGCUAAUUUACGGCUUGAGAGACGGAAGAGGGGAGAAAUCAAGCAUUUUAUUUUUGCUUUUCAGUCUCAUGCCUGCUUUCCCUCAUUACCCUUUCCCUUGUUUCUCCUAAAUCUCUUCACUUGCAAUCUUAACGUGUGGCCUGUUCAAGCAUGCCCACAAACGGAAUUAACAGGGCCCUGAAGCUGCAGUUUGGCCUCAUCAACUAUGAGAGCCGCUACCUGACGGCCGAGGCCUUUGGCUUCAAGGUGAAUGCCUCAGGCACCAGCAUGAAGAAGAAACAGAUCUGGACCUUAGAGCAGGACGAGCAAGACGGUCAAGUAGUGUUCCUCCGCAGCCACCUGGGACGCUACCUUGCCUCUGACAAAGAUGGAAAGAUCACAGGUGGGGCAGAGAAGCCUGACCCUGACUGUCGUUUCCUUAUUGUGCCCCAAUCCGAUGGUCGCUGGGCACUGCAAUCAGAGCCUUACCUGCGUUACUUUGGAGGCUCAGCUGACUACCUGUCCUGCUUUGCCCAAGUUAUUGGGGAACAAGAGCUGUGGGCUGUCCACUUGGCUUUACACCCACAGGCUAGCCUGCUCAGUGUAGCACGUAAGCGUUAUGCCCAUCUGUCUGCUUCAGACGGAGAGAUCUCUGUGGACAGCAACAUUCCCUGGGGAGUGGACUCCCUGGUCACCUUGGUUUACCUGGACGGAAAGUACAGCCUGAAGACCUGUGAUAGCCGUUUCCUCAGCAAUGAUGGCAAACUGGUGAAGGAGAACACCAACACUACUAGCUUCACUCUUGAGCUGAAAUCUGGCAAGCUGGCCUUUAAGGACUGUGAUGGGAAAUAUCUGACCCCGGUGGGUCCCACAGGAACGCUGCGUUCUGGCCGAUGCUCCAAGCCUGGAAAAGAUGAGCUGUUUGAUCUUGAGGAGAGUCAUCCACAAGUAGUUUUUCAAGCCGCCAAUAAAAGAUUUGUAUCGGUCAAGCAAGGAGUGAGUAUUUCAGCCAAUCAGGAUGUGGAGACAGAUAUGGAGACCUUCCAGAUGGAGAUUGAUAAAGAGAGCAAAAAGUCAAUGUUCAGGACCAAUGGGGGAUCCUACUGGACUCUAGUGACUCAUGGAGAGAUCCAGUCCACUGCCACAGAAGUAGAGGUCAACACAAUGUUUGACAUUGAGUGGCGAGGACAGAGGGUGGCACUCAAAGCAAGUAAUGGAAAGUAUGUGUGCACAAAGAAGAAUGGGCAGCUCUCAGCAGUCAGCGAUACAGUGGGGGAUGAUGAAUUAUUCCUGAUGAAACUCAUCAACCGUCCUAUGCUGAUCCUUCGUGGGGAGAAUGGCUUUGUAUGUCAUCACAAGAACUCCAACUCUCUAGACGCAAAUCGAUCUGUCUACGACAUUUUCUCACUGAUCUUCAAUGAUGGCGCCUACAAUGUAAAAAGUGUGAAUGGAAAGUUCUGGUAUGUCGCUAGCAGUGGCCUGGUGUGCUCAGAUGGAGAAAAGGCAGAGGACUUUUUCCUUGAGUUCCUGGAACACGGACGCGUCGCCAUCAAGAGCUCCAAUGGCAAGUACCUUCGCGGAGACCAGGGAGGCACACUCAUGGGUGACGGUACAUCUGUUGAUGCAUCUUCUCUCUGGGAGUACUGAUCACCUCAAUAAGGGUUCUCAAAAAUGACACAAGAUGCAGGUGCAGGACCUGCUUCUAUCGACUUAUAUGAAGCAGACUGACCGGGUAACAUUUUCCCGCCUGUUUUUAUACUAGCUGCCAGGUGCCCAAUCCCAUGGUUUGUUUUUUGUUUUUGUUUUUUUUUUUAAUUGGGAAAAAGUGAACGCUAUAGGAAGAUAUGUAUGGUAUUUCUUGUAAAUGUUUUGUCUUUCAAAUGACAAUGCCAACAUCAAGCAACACAUACUGCGUGAAAAUGUGUAAUUUCUCAAAUAUGGAAUAAGAAACAUUCUGUUCAAUAUAGGAGCAGUGAC